UGACAGUAGGCGGUUCUAGUACACGUUCUCUUGCAUCCGGAACAGAAGAAAGUACAAGUUCGGCGUCAGAAGACUCUCGCCAAACCAUGAACUCCACUGAAGCGAUCAGAAACGAUACCGCAAAAUUUACCACUGCUGAAACCACCAGUAAUGAUACAAGUCAGCAAAAGACCACAACGACUACAACAACUACUACAACCACGACUACAGCAUCUUUUACUACGCCAUCCAAUUGUACUUCAAGUACAGUUAGAAGCACCUCUACAGAUGGAACUUCGUCCGUUCGGGUGAGCCUAACUACGAAGAACGAACGUACGUCCACGAUAGCUACAGCAAACACAGAUGCUCCAGAAUUCAAGAAUGGGAGUGCCGACGGUUCUUUCCUCGGGCAAAUCGCUCACGAAACGGAAGGUAAACCUACUUUACCACCUAGCGGAUUUCACCCGACAGACAACUUGAAUAAUGCGUCCCAGCCAACAACACUUCAACCCAUCACGCCCGAAGCAACUAAAAUUACGCGGCAGCAAACAACCACUACGACCACAACAUCUCGCGCAAGCAUGACAUCGUCAUCUCUUGCAGCACAAAUGAACAACGCCUCAAGCGCAGUCAUAAGCAAUUGUACGGCGGGAGCUUCCACACAUCUUGAAAACGUAACUACGCCGAGCGAACGUACCUCUACGAAAGGAAUAGAAAAUGCAGAAAGUCAAGAGAUCAAAGAUGAGACAGUUGGCGGUUCUAGCACUCCUUCUCUUCCAACUAGAACAGACGAAAGUACAAGCUCAGUGUCUAAAGACUCUCGCGGAACCAUGAGCUCCACUGAAGCGAUCAGCAGCGACAUGGCAAAUCUGACCACUGCUGAAACCACCGGUCAUGAUACAAGUCAGCAAAAGACCACAACCACUACAACAACUACUAUAACCACGACUACAGCAUCUUUUACUACGCCAUCCAAUUGUACUUCAAGUACAGUUAGAAGCACCUCUACAGCAGGAACUUCGUCCGAUCGGGUGAGCCUGACUACGAAGAACGAACGUACGUCUACGAUAGCCACAGCAAAAACAGAUUCUACUGAAAUCAAUAAUCGGAGUGCCGACGGUUCUUUCACCCGUCAUGUUGCUCAGGAAACAGAAGGUAAACCUAGUUUCCCAUCUAAUGGAACUCACAGAGCCGAGAACUUGGGUAAUGUGACUGGACCAAUAAUUCUUCAACCCAGUACGUCAAAAACAUCUAAAAUUGCGGAACAGCAAACUACUACUACGACCACAACAGCAUCUGGCACAAGCAUUACAACGCCAUAUGUUAAAGCACAAACUAACAUCACCUCAAGUGCGCCGAUAAGCAGUUCUACAGUCGGAGCUUCCACUCAUCUUGAAAACAUAACUAUGGCGAGCGAACAUACCUCUACGAAAUUAUUGGAUAAUGAAAAUUCUUUCGAGAGUAAUAAUAAUACAGUAGCCGAUUCUAGCACUCGAUCUGUUAUCACAGAAGCAGAGCAAAGUACAAGUUUAGUGCCUAAGUAUUCUGACAGAACCAAAAGCUGCAACAACAUGACAAGCACGGCGUCUUCUGAACUCCUGAACUCAUCAAAGACAAAUGAUUACACAAGUCAGGGAACUACUGCUACAAUGACACUAUCUGCCAAAAGCAUCACUACGGCAUCAGUUCCGUGUCAGAACAGCUCCUCAAGUGCGUCUGCAAAUGUUUCUAUUGGAGGAACUUCGACUGUUGCGGUAAGCAUGUCUAGGAGCAUUGAACAAGCCUCUAUAAGAAAGGUAGAGAGUACUGGUGCUCCUCCCAGAUAUCAUUCAAAUGACGAUAAUUCUACGAGAGCAUCAGUUAGCAAGGAUGCUGAAAAGAAUCCCCAUCUCUCCCCUAGCGAUUUUCACAUAGCCAUGAGCUCCAGUACGGUGAAAAACAUGAUCACAAUAAAUCCCGCGACUGAGGAAAGCUUUAGGCAUGCCACACGUGAACAAAAUGACACUGUGACGACACUGUCAGCUGCCAGCAGCAUCACUACGGUAUAUUCUUCUAAUCAAACGAGCAGCACCUCAAGUUCAGAGAUAAUGAGUUCUACAGAAAGAGCUUCGACUGACGGCGCGGAUAUGAGUAAGAGCGACAACCCUACAAAAGUUGUAGUGGAAUCAAAUGCUACAUCCAGUAUUGGCUGGCGCUAUGGCGGAUCAACUGUCGCAUUUGUUUCGAGAGAUACCGACAAAGGUCCUAGUGUGGCAACAAACGAAUCUCUCCGAGCCAGCAGCUCGACGGAUCUUAGAAGUUCCACAACAUUUAAAAGCCCGCAAGCGGAAACGACAACCCAGCAUGAGAUGCCUACUGCCACCAGACAUUUUCUGAGCAGCUUGUCUACGGUAGCUGCUGCAACGCGAACUGAUAACUGCUCAAGUGCGGUUGUCAGUAGUUCUGUAGGAAAUGGAACUAAUGGGACGAAUGCUAUAAACAAUACUGAACAUAAUACCGAGUUCCCCACUACUCUUGCUGUCGAAAACACGGCCACUGCAUCUAGACUUCCUUUGACAAAGAAUAGUUCAACUGCUGUGUACACUACUGUGCAAACAGAGAAGAGCUCUCAGAGCAUGGAAAAGGGCGAGAACUCGAGCACGCAGCUUGGCAUUUUAUCGAAGGCGAACAGUUCGAUUACUCCAUGCAAUAGCACGCAAACCGAGAAGAUCUCAACAGUAGCAGUGACAGGAGAUACCUUAUCUACGGAACCUAGUGGAACUCCAAUGGGCACUCGAACGCACUCGAACGCUAUAACGAACAUUUCUCCAACAGACAAUAGUUCAAAUUCUGCAGCAAGGACAGGCACACGAGGCUACAACUUUAGUGAGACACCUUUAAGCUCCCCAAGUGCCGACUUGAGUGAUACGGCGAGUGAUGAUUCCCCUGCAACUAAACUAAUGACGACUGUAUCCUGCAAGAACUCGAGUGUUCUUUCCAGCAUAGCUCGUGCGGACAACAGCUCAUUCUUUAAUUCCAAUGCCGUAAAUGUAAACGGCACGUCAAGCAUGAAGUCGAGCAGUUAUGCCUCAGUGAAUAAAUCUAGUUAUACCAAUGACUCAACAUUAGAGGGCCAAUUUGGUGAACUAAAUACUACGGCUGCAAACAAGAACUGGACCAGCAAGCCCAGCAUCCCAUCUGUGUUAUCCAAUCCUGUGCAAUCAGGAAACGGAUCAGAUGAUGCACCACUAAUCUCCGCAACGGCAGAAAUUUCCAAUGACACGAAAGUGACUGCAGGAAAACACCAUUCGUUGAGUGAACCAACGAAUGCGCCACGAUGCAAGAACUCUACUAGUGUGCCUAUCAGUUCUCUUGUGGAUAACAACUCAUCUUCUGAACCUAGUGCUGAUGCAGCAUACCGCAUGCCAAGUUUGGCGCCGGGCAUUCAUGAUAUAGCAGAGAACUCAAAUGACGCAAGUAGCACUAAAGCAAGAACUCCCCAGCUUAGCGACCUAAUCACCACAUCUACGGCAAAGCCCUCAACCAACUACCCCACCAUUUGGACUAAGGUAUUCGGCCCUGCGCGAACCGAGAACGGCUCCCGUGUGGCGCAGCGUUAUUAUCAAGCAGGAGAAAAUUUCACUCAUACAAGGACUACGGAAAGUGAAAAUACGACUACAACUGAAUCAUCGACCACGACACGAUGCCAGAAUUUGACAAGUACGAGCAGUGACUCUUCAGCGGACAAUCAUUUGAAUUAUUCAAACAAUUCCAGGCGAAUUGAGAACAACUCAAAUUAUCAGUCGGAAAGUUAUUCCACAGCCAAGAACUCUAGUGCUGCCUUAAGCUUUACAACAGGAAAAUCCCGACCCAAUGAAUCAAGCACUGUGCCUUUAAGUAAUAGCUCAAUCAGGUUUCCCAGCCUAUUUUCCUUGGGCAACUUCUCUGCUGCGUCGAUUUUCGCGCAAGCAAACAGCUCAAAUGUUCCACCCCACAUUUUCUUACCUGCCAAAAAUUCUAGCGAUUCCAAUUCGCACACAACAGUACAAGGACAGAACUCAAACAGUACGAACGGCAUUUUUCCAACACUGAGCAGUUUGAUGGUGACGUCUUAUACCGCACAAACAGACAGCGGGUCUCAUAUGAAUUCAAGUUCGGAAAAAAAUAAAAAACAACCUUGUCAGACCAAUUUGACAGCGGCAAGCAACAACUCCAUCACUACGCGAGGAAUUCUUACAGCUGUCAACAGCUCGACAGCAGCACUCGGCGUCAUACAUACAAACAACUCACACGUGACGCAAAGCAGUUCUUUGAAGCAUGACAAAUCGAGCUAUGUGACCACCACCGAGCCAGAAUACUGGAGAAAAUCAACUGAGCCGAGCACUGAACCACCAUCCAAGGACACGACCACAAAUGUCCCAUCACGUGUUCAGCGCACAUUUCCUCCGCGGCGUCGUCAACCGCGCCAAAAAGCAAGAUCCGUGCUGUCACGCCGAUCACUUCGCUCACAGCUGAGAUCACUGCGUAGGCUUCCAUCGAAGCGUCUACGUACAUAAAUCCCUGAAGAACUCGUAAUAUAUCAGUAUGUAAGUUGCAACUGGUGGCGACAUUUACGAAAAUCGGCCUUGGUACGUGUUAACGCUUCUGUAUGAGUAUACACGCUAUAUAAACGUCCACAUUUCGUCUUUGUUCCAUCUGGAAUAAACAAACAGUGUGUUACGUGGCAUUAUAUCAGA